AUGAGCUGCCAGGGUAUGGGCUCCGGCCAAGUGGGUUUCAUAAACGUCCCAAAGCCGAGGUCUCGAAGGAGGCAACGAUCCAAUCCGAAGCAGCUAAGACAGACAAAUCUUACCUCAGCUCAUACUCGUCUCAUCGUGCACAAAUACUCUAGGACGCGGUAUCUGGCACAUCUUGAGAAGCGUCAAGUGCACGUCAGUGUGGGGACGUACAACGUCUGGAUGAUGCCUCGCAAGGUGAGCGCGUUCACGAGCUGUUCUCCUAAGAAGAACACGCGUGCGCGACUAAUUGGCGAUCUCUUGCCUCCGUGCGACAUCUGGGUCUUGACCGAGUGCUUCGACUAUCGCGCUCGCGACAUUCUGCUGGACAAGAUGACGGAAGCGGGCUACUUUUUCUUCUCGCCGACGGUGGGGCAUAAACGCAUUAACAAGUCCAACAUGCGCAAGUUGCUCAACGGAGGCGUGUUGCUAGCCAGUAAAUACCCAAUUCUCAGUGUCCGGGUGAAGCUGUUCGAAGGCGCUUGUGCUGGCGCCGACAAGCUGGCUGAUAAAGGCGUUCUGUACUGCAAGAUCUUGAAGGACGGACUGCUGGUUCACGUGUUCUCGACCCAUUUGCAGGCGUGGAACGACCCGCUGUCAAGGACCAUGCGGAAGCUGCAGAUGGACAUGAUCGCAAACUUUAUGCGAGCGAUGGACAUUGACGAGGUGAACGACGUCGUGUUGUUCGUGGGCGACUUGAACGUCGACUACCAUCUGAACAAGACGAACCAGGAGUAUGACGAGAUGCUCAACAUCUUCGAAGCGAAGGACCCGUCCGCUGUGCAUCCACGGAAACUUGGCAACGCGUCCGACUCCGAUAAGAAGGAGUCGGCGGCCGAGUUCAAGCACCUGCGCAAGUACAGCUUCGACCCACGUGUCAACGCUCUGGCGGCUGACGGAUUGAGCACGGACGGCAGUCUCGAGUUGCUGGACUACAUUCUCUACUCCCGCACGCACCGUCAGCCGACGACCGCGUCGAGUUGGGUCCAGCCGCUGACCACGUCGCAGCCGUGGAUGUGGCGCAACCAACCGCAGUACAAUCUGUCGGACCAUUUCCCGGUUGUGAGCGAGUUCACUUUUGAUAUUUCCGAGUCUGGACCCCACGCGAAGGCCGCUCAAGCUACAAAAGAAGGUGCGCGUGGUCAAGGUCGCGCAUGCGGUGAGCUAGAAGCCGCUCAAGCUGGAGAAGGAGUUGGGAGUGGCGCCGGCCGCGUUUGUGAUAAACAAGAAGCUGUUCGAGCUGUAGAAGGUCGCGCCUGUGGGGAAUCUGAAGCUUGUCGAGUGCAGAAGGAGAUCUGCGGAAAGGCCGCGCUGGUGGCCACAGAGUUGCCAAAAGAGGUGGGCGCGGACAUGACCACGCCGGAGAUGAAUAAGGAGCGGCUCAACGUGCAACAAAUAAUUGGAGAUUGCGUGAAGAGUAGAGCUAGUGGCCAAGGCGCCGCUGAAGCACCUGAACGUGGUGCUGUGGUCAUGGCCACACAGGUGGCCAAGGAGGUUCAGAAGAAGGUGGACGACGGACCGGCAGCGCUCCGCAAGAUAAUUGAGAAGAAGCUGGAAGAGAUGGUUCCUGGGCAAUGGCAGCCUGGUUUCGCAGUCUUCCUGAAGCCAUCAAAUCACGCCAAGCAAAAAGACUACGUCCCACUUGUUGAAAGUAGCGCGUUCAAAGCGCAGUUAGAAGACCACAUGGAGCCGAAUGAAAUGGAAAGAUCACAUUAA